AUGAAGGAAGCAGAGAUGAAUGACUGUGAAAGCUCCUUCAUGGAAGCUGAAAUUCCAGCGGAGACAGACAUAAACAUGUCUGACUUCGCUUUUGAUGGCGGGAGCCCUCAGAGAAAACUGAAACUUGCGCCUGCUAUUAGCAAACAGGAAUCUCCCGCGGGGCUGUUCGAGUUAUUCACUCCGCUGCCACGGCGUCUGCGGAGCUGCGGGGCGCCCCCCGGUGGCCGUCUGGGCGCAUUGCUCAGCGGCGGCGGCGGCGGCGGCGGAAGGGGAGGUGCGGAGCCGGUGGGGCGCGUGGCCAUGUCCGUGGCGGAGCCGGUGCGGGAGGAGCUCUCCGCCUUGGCCGCGAUUUUCUGCGGGCCGGAUGAGUGGGAGGUGCUGAGCUGCUCAGAGACAGAUGGGGCCGUGUUCAGAAUUCUCACGAAAGCUGCAGGACAUUCAGAUACGGAUGUACCCAUAGAACUGGUGUUCCAUUUACCUGUCAAUUACCCUGCCUGUCUACCUGGUCUCUCUGUUCAUUCUGAACACCUGACCAGGGCCCAGUGUGUAACUGUGAAAGAGAAGUUACUUGAACAAGCACAGAACCUUUUGUCGGAACCUAUGGUUCAUGAGCUGGUUCUCUGGGUCCAGCAGAAUCUCAGAGGCCUCCUCGAUCAACCGGAAACUGGAAAUGGCAGCGAAAAGUGUGCUUUUGCAACCAGCAUGACUGCAGAUGAUGGAUUGUGGAUAACUCUUUUGCAUUUAGAUCACAUGAGAGCGAAGACUAAAUAUGUCAGAACUGUGGAGAAGUGGGCUUCCGAUUUAAAGCUGACAGGAAGACUGAUGUUCAUGGGUAAAAUAAUACUGAUUUUACUGCAAGGAGACAGAAACAGCAUCAAGGAGUACCUGAUUCUUCAGAAAACCUCCAAAGUGGAUGUGGACUCAAGUGGAAAGAAAUGUAAAGAGAAAAUGAUUAGUGUACUGUUUGAAACAAAAGUACAGACAGAACACAAAAGGUUUUUGGCAUUUGAAGUCAAAGAGUAUUCAUCGUUGGAUGAGUUACAAAAGGAAUUCGAAACUGCAGGACUUAAGAAGCUUUUCUCCGAAUUUGUAUUUGGACUGGUAAAAUGAAAUGGAAGACAAGAAUCUUUGAGUAAAAUAGCAGUGUUUUUGUUGUUGUUAUUUUCCAUUGGGCUGCGGGAGUGGCUAAUUGAAAUCCUCAAAAGGGAACAAUUUUAAAGUUUCUUUAAAGCCAAAUGGUAGACAUCAUUCUAACUUCAGAAACAAAAGCCAAUUCUGAUUAUGAAAUGUAAAUAGUAAAAAAUGCCCGUGUAUUCUAAUUUUUGCCAAUAAGAGCUCAGAUCACGAGAUGGAGCAUUAUUUGAAUGAUGCAUAUCAAAAAGGGAUGCAAGUGAGUCCCUGGGUUUGUAUACAGGAUUUGUUUGGAGUGGUACAAUUUUCUGGCUAAUUUUCUUACAAUUGAAUGACUUUAAAAAGAGAUUUGUUUUCAUGUUUACUGUUUUCGUGUUUACAUUUUUAGCAUUUGAUCACGAUUUUCUUCCAUUCAGCUUAUUAUGUCUAAUGCUUUAAGUUGAACAUUAAGAAAAAUAUAACACUGAUUUCUUGUUGGAAUUGCAUAAAUUGUUAGUUUAAAUACAAACCAAGGAAGUUCUAUAGAACUUGAUUUACAAUUGCUUUCUUUGGGGGUCCCAAAAUAGCACAGUGCUUGCUAGCUAUAGGGCUAGAGAGUUGCUUUAAAAUACAAUUCGUUUUUGAAAAAUGUGCCUUCUAGUUUUACAAGGGGAGAGAUAUUUCACACAAAAUGAACUUGGCUUGAUGGAUGGAGGAAAUUACAUAUACUAUUUCUUUUUUAUUUCAAGGGUGGUAAUCUUAAGGUAUAUUUAUUAUGAUCUAAAGGGGAGUAGAAACCAUAGAAUAAAAGCUUGUAUUAGAAUGGGUAAUAAACAUAUAAAGAGGCAUUCAUGUGUGGAAAAGGGUUUUUGUGUGCAUGAAGCUUCUAAUAUAACUAAAACAAGGCGUCGCAAAAUGGAGAAAAGACCAAGCAAAUCCCCAUCACUGCAAUCUAUGACGUGCACUGAUGUCACAAUAAAAUUGUAAUUGCACUGGAGAGAAGUGAGGAGAUGCCAGUGCAGUCCAAGCAGCGAUCCCAGGCAGUGCUGCUCUGUGGUCGCGCAGUUCAACCCGGUUGUCUCAUUUCCUGGCGUCCUUAUAAAUCGCCUGUUGAUUGCUUUAUAGAGUUGUAUUAAUGAGAAGGAAUUUUCAGUUAUUUGCUCUUAACCCAGGGUGUUUACGAUUUUUUCCUGGACAAGUGUGGUUAAAGUGUUGCAUGAAGUGAACAAAUGACAAAGGACCACUUUUCUAUUAGCAUGCAAAACUGAGAAAAUAGAUUUAAAAAUUAUGAGCUGGUCAUUAUUACCCUGUUGUUUGACUUACUGUAGCUUAGACUAGUGAAGCUGGGGGAAUAUUGGCCAUAUAGUAGAGAUGGAUGGGGGUGAUCAUGAAUAAUGAUAUUAGAAGUCAUCACCAUGAAGGCUGUAACAGUAGCAACUUGGAUCUGAAUUUUAUCACACCAGAACAGCUAGUCUUUAUUUUACCUUUUCUCUGUUCAAGUGUCUUCCACUAAUGCCUUGUGAUGCUCUUCCAAGCUUUGCGCUUCCAAUUUGACUUUCUACCCCUAGAAGAGUGCUUGUAUCAGGUAAAAGUGAAUGUUAGUAAUGACUAUACUUUAACCUAGUAAAGUAGCUAUCUGCUAAAACUUUAAAGUAUUGGUUAUCGCUGCUUUUUUGCAUGUUUGCAGCAAAGUCAUGAAUACAUAAACAAUAGAAUGCAAAACUAAACCUCGGCAAUCUUAGAAAUUGUUAUAACUUUCAUUGAA